UACACAAAGAUCAAUUGGGGAUCAAUUGAAAAUAGAAGGUCACCUCCCACCCAUUCACAUGUAACGUUCCUACAUUGGGAAUAACCGCCGCAAGACUUGUAGUCAGAGCUAACCAAAAAUUAGAAGAAGAAGAAGAAGAAGAGAAUAGAACGGAAGUCCUUAAGCCGAGCACUAUCACCAUUAGCCUAUUACUGAAUCGCCAUAAAUCGUCAGUAGCACAGCAUUUAAAAUAAUUCUUCGAUAUUUUACUGGAUCAAGUGCCUAAAACUAGAUACAUUGUAAAUUCAUUUUAAAUGGCUUCACAACGGUACAGAAAGCCAGACAAUAAUACCCACCAAGUCGCUUACAGCUGGAAAAUCAACAACUUCUUGAGACGUCCAGAGAAACUCAAGGAAAAACUCGUUUCUCCAAUGUUCUGUUCAAAAACAAACCGGGACAAAAUCUGGAGACUCGAAAUAUUUCCAAAAGGUGAUAACAAUCAUAGUGAGGAUUAUGUUGCCCUUUACGUUCGUAUGAAGUCCCUCAAACAAUCAGAGGAAUGUGUCCAUGAGUGUGUUUGUGUUGACUGCGCGUUAUCCAUACUUAAUUCAGGGACUAAGGAAAAAUGUUUUGAAAUGCACUUCAAGUCCAAUUUCGGGGAGAAUAAGUCAUUGUGUGGCUAUCGCCGUUUCAUCUCGAGGGAGAAGUUGUCGAGCGAGAGAGAUCUGUACAUGACGAAUGGACUGUUGAUGAUCAAUUGUCGAUUAAGCUGGCAAUUACUAGAGCUAGACACUCCGGACGUGAUGGAACAGGAGAUCAUAUCAACGGCAAAUCUUCAUCGGCUGCAAGAUGACAUGAAAGCUUUUCUGAAUAAUUCUACGUUUUCUGACGUGACUUUGAUCGCUGAAGACAUGACAAUUCCUGCCCACAAGAUCAUUCUAGCCGCUCGAAGUCCUGUGUUUACUGCAAUGUUUAAAUAUCCAUUGAUGAUGGAGAGUCAGAGUAAUGAAGUGAAAAUUCAGGGGGUAAGUUUGAGAGUUGUUUUAGGUAUGCUCGAGUACAUUUACACAGAUCAAAUACGGGAUGAAGGAUUGGUUAGAGAGCUUUUGAAGGUGGCUGAUAGGUAUCAGAUCGAGGGCUUGAAGAGCAGCUGGGGAGUUGAAGAAACGGCCGAUGAUAUUUAUCAAGGACUGGGACAUUGGACUCAAUGGGAAAAAGAAAGGAGGCUGACUUGGAUUGUGAUGGGGUUACUAGAGAAAUUUUACAAGUGGUGAUGGAAAUUCCGAGGCAGACAGAUAUUAAAACUUUUGGCUGUGAAGGUGAAGAAGAUUUUUCAAUGGAAUUACAGAAAAAUCGAUGGAAUAGUUUUAAUUUUGUCAAAGAGGUAUUCAUGAAAAUUUUGUGACAUUAGUUAGCUAUAUUUUUUCACCACGGUUAUUCAUUUCUUGGACUGCGCAAAAAAGUCGAAAAAUAUAUUUUAAAAUAGCAAGA